AUGGCGAGUAUCGAUAAAGACAAAAUUGCCAAGUAUCUGCAGGACACUACUUCGUCGGAUUUGCAAGCUCAAGCCAACAACUAUUUGCAAUCUGUGAGUUUUGUAUAAUAUGUUCGUUUUUGCACAGACACCAACUUUUUGCACUGGGCACUUUGUUUCUAUGAGAAAAAAAGAAUGUUAUUUCUAUGUUGUCCAAAGUCCGAUUUUUUUCAAAUUUGAAUUUCAAUUCUCUUCUAACAAAAGUCAAGGUCUUCGAAAAAGUUGAAGUUGUCUUUCUGAAAAAAAAAUUAACAAAAAGUUGUUCUAUUAAUGGCGUCGGUUUCUUUGUGGAGUCUUCUGAUAGAGCAACUCGGCUAGCGUUUCAUCUUGUUCUGCAGCAGAAAUGGUGAAUUGGGGCAUUUUCAGCCGCGUGAAGCUCCAGCCGUUGCUCCCUCCCUGUUGGCUGUGUCCUCUGCAGAUGACGUCAACGAUCGAAAACUAAAUCGUGAUCAUGUCCAAGGCUUGAUGGCACGUUGGCGACAAGCCGUUCACCGCUCGUUCCGUCUAAAAGAGGAUCCAUGGCGUUCCCUUCCGAACGAAGAUUGUCCAGUUCUGCAAGCUAAACGAUUCCGAUACACAGCGUUGGCCAAACGUUGGACAGAAGACGAGGUCGAAGUUCGUCUCCACCCUGAAGCCUUUGCCCGAGGAGCCAUGCGCGAGUGUUACCGUCUCAAGAAACUCUCAUCUCUGAGCUCCAACCGAGAUUGGAGCUUUGCACACAACUACGUCGCCAAGCGGUACAUAAAUGACGUCGAUCGCCGCGUCCUGUUUGAAGACGUACGACUCCAGAUGGACGCCAAACUGUGGGCCGAAGAAUACAAUCGAUUUGGUCCUCCGAAAAAGAUCGAUAUCAUGCAGAUGUGCGUCAUCGAAAUAAUUGACCUACCUGGAUCUCCGCUCUACCAUCUUGAACAUUUCAUCGAAGGCGAAUACAUCAAGUACAACUCCAACUCGGGCUUUGUUUCUGAAGUAUCGAGAAUGACACCUCAAGCCUUUUCCCAUUUCACGUUCGAGCGUUCCGGCCAUCAGAUGAUCGUCGUAGAUGUUCAAGGAGUUGGCGACCUUUACACCGACCCACAAGUUCACACUGUUAUCGGAACUGAUUACGGCGACGGCAAUCUGGGAACUCGAGGAAUGGCGCUUUUCUUCCACUCUCACGAGUGCAACGACAUCUGCGAAGCUCUCAGUCUGUCUCAGUUCGAUCUGUCUCCCAGAGAACAUCUUCGUAACAAGCACAAAACGGCUUCUCAAUCUGCUCCAGCUACCGUCUACUCGCGUGAACGUCCUCCUAGUCUUUGCAUGGCCAUAACGGAUAAUACUGGAAGCGACGCGAUGGAAUGUCUCCGUAGAAGAACCACGUCUUCAAGAGCUUCGAGUACCUCACGUCUUUCUAUGGAAAAUGAAGAUUCCUCUACGAGUGAAAUUUGCGACGACGCUAAGAAAGGCGAGCUGCAUCUUGACGAUGACAAGGAGCACGUCGAGGACGAUAAGUCGGCCAGUUCCGAAGAAGAAUCUGACGUCGAGCGGGAGUUGCAUCCACGAAAAGUUGGCUUUUACGAUCUCAAAAAAAUCCGCCCUGUCUCUCGACAAGAUAGUCUUGGCAGCUCUAUUGGAAAAUCUUCGAUGAACAGCUCGAGACUGACCCGCGAAACGGAGUGCGAUGAGUUCUGGAAAGCAGCGCGAAAACAAUCGAUUCCGGCAGGCGCCAUUUCCGCCAUUCAACUUGCUGAACUGAGAAACUUUGAAGCACGCGUCAACCAAACGUCCGUUCUUGGCCAAAUACACAUCGACAUCGCCCGAUACUACGAGCUUGGACGUUUUGAAGAAGGCGAGAACAAGGAGAAGAUCCUGCUGACGACUUGUUCCGACAACGAAGAAGUUAGCGGUGUCAUCGACUACGACAAGCAAUCAGCUAUUUUUCAUCUGAACGUGGCUCGCAAAUGUGGUUCUCUCGAGGCAGUGAUGACCUCUGCCCAGAUCCUGUUUGGCAUGCCUCACGAACUUUUGAAGGACGUUAACGACAAGGAUUUGUAUCCAAACACGCAGAUGGAUGCUGAGAAUCGUCACAACAUCGGCUUCGAUUUAAUGGAAACUGCGGCUGAGAUGGGAGACCGAGGCGCGAUGCUUUUCGUAGCCAAAGCCUACGAAACUGGCAUCGGACUGCGAACGGAAGACCACACAAGCUACAAAAAGGCUGUCGAAUGGUACCAACGAGUCGUCGGUUUUCAAGACAAGGAAGAGGAUGGAGAGUGCUUUGCAGUGCCUUUUUCUCACUACGAAAUCCUUGCUAAGAUGGCUCAGCUCUAUCAAGAAGGCGGCUACGGUCUUGAUCAGGACUUCGAACGCGCCUACGACCUUUUCAACGAAGCUGCAGAAGCCGCGAUGGAAGCCAUGAAUGGGAAGUUGGCCACAAAAUAUUACGAGAAAGCCGAAAUGUGCGCUUGUUGAUCUUCUUAGUUUUUGUAUAUUUUGUAUAGAUUCUCUUUUUCUUUUCUUUUUUUUUAAGUAGCUGAUGAAGGAAUGCUUUUUGGUUUUUUUCUUUACCUGUUGAAUUUACUACAAUUUUUUUGGUUUUGAUCUAACGGUUGCUGCAUAAACUUGCCUUUAAUUUUUCCCUUUUCCGUUUUUUUUGUGUGCAUUUCCCCUCAUUUCUGCGGUGUUUUAUCCUGUAUUUGUCUUAUUUGGCCCUCACUAUGUUUUCUAAAUAAAUUGCCGACUUUUUUUUAAGUUGUUAACGUUUUCCUGAAAGCUUAAAUGAGUUGCGCUCAUGCACGUAUUUGAGAACAAAAGAAAGAAACUAAUUUCAAUUCAGGUCACAAAAGCCGAGGGUCUGUGUCCAAAUCUACUAGCAAUCGUCUGCGAAAAAAAGUAUGGGCAUGAAACAAAACUGGCAGCCAGCAUAUUUCUCAAAAAUACAAUCAUCACAUAUUGGGCGGUAAGGGAUGACGAUUUGAAAAAUUUCUAGCUGCGAUUUUCAGCCUGAGGAUGAUUCUAUCCCAGAAACCUCGGCAUCAGACAAAGUCUUUUUGCGCACACAUAUAAUAGACGCAGUUUGUGGAGCAGGUAAAACGUUAUUCUCGAAUUUUCAAUUUAAUAGGAAUUUCAGAGAGAACCUUCAGACCACAUCUUCUUGCUUCGUUGAGUCAAAUUUUGCGUUCUGAUUUUGAAUCAAAUUGGCCAGAGCUUCCCAGUAUGAUUGGAGUGAGUAAAAUUGAAGUGAAAAUCAAAAUAAAAAAAAUUCUCAGACGAAGUUAUGCGACAAACACCCUUUGAUUGUGCAAGGCGCAGUACUUGUUCUUCUUCGUCUUGCCAAAAUUUAUGAGUAAGAGUAGACUUCAAAUAUAGAGUACAAUAAGAUUUGAAGAUACAAAAGAACAACUGGAAUGAACACCUACAUCGACUUGAUGAGCAAGGCUUUGCGCCACCUAUUUGAAGUUGCGAAGCACGCGAUUCCUUGUUUGGCCGGGCCGAUGAACGCGGACAACAUCGCUCACCUUUUCAUACAGAAAAACGUGCUCAAACUUUUUUACGCCCUGACUCAGGUCCCUUUGGUUCUGAGAUUUCCUUUCCUAUCUAUCAGAUUCAGUAUAGCAUGAAUCUGAGCAUUGUACCUGAAGAAUUUGCUUGCGAGUGGAUGUUUCUCUGCAUAGAAAUCGCUUCGAAGCCUGAGCCUAAACAAGUUUGACCAUAUUUUUUGAAAAUAUUGAAGUUUUUUCCAGUUGGCAACUGCCGAUGAAGAUGACAGGGAAGGAGCAGUUUUUUGGAAAUGCAAAAAGUGGUCCACUAGAAUUCUGGAACGAAUUUAUGAUAGGUAUAUAUUUUUUUAUUAUAUUAUGAAGUAAUUGUUUUUUCAGAUUUGUUUCUCCUGGAUCUGCCACUGAAACUUUCAAGAAGUUCAGCAGAAUGUUUUUUUGACAAAUGUAGCUCCCAGAGCCUUGGAAGUGUGCAUGGAGAUUGCGUUCCAGUCGAGGAAAAGUUUUGCGACCAGCAAAGUGAGUAUAUUUAAAAAAGAUGAAUUUUCUAAUCAUUUUUUCCAGGUCAUCUACAACGCUUUGUCUUAUGUUAAUCUAUGUGUUGCGUAUUCAAGUACUUGGAAAUUGAUCAAGCCGCAUUUCAAAGUGAGAAAAAUCUUUUUGGGAGAAUGUUAUACCUGAAUCACCUUUCAGGAGCUUCUUUCUGAAGUGGUCCAUCCUGUGCUUUCACACACUGAAGAUGAUACAGAUCUCUGGAAUGACGAUCCUGAGGAGUUCAUUAGAGAGAAAUAUGGUGAUUUUUUGAAAUGAAGUCAAGUUUUCAAACUUAUUUCAGAUGCUUACGACGAUGUGGCAAAUCCUGUUUAUGCUGCCACGUCACUCAUCCUCUCGAUUUCCAAGCGCAAGGAGAUGAUGAACGCCAUUCUCCAGUACACAAUCAAUGUAUCUCGAGAAAAUACUUAGAAAACUGAAUGGUUAUUUCAGAAGCUUAGCAAAUCAAAAGACAGCAAGGAGAUCGACGGAGCUCUUCAUAUUGUCGGGAUUAUCGCUGAUGAUCUAAUCAGCACUCCGGUACAUCCGGAGAAAGAUAAAGCCUUGAGAUAUUGCUUUCAGAAAUAUCGCAAAGAGGUUCCCCAGCUCUUGGAUGCUCACUUGCUCCCAAAUCUUUCUAAUCCAGUAAGUCGAUAAAAAAUUUGAAGAAAUCUCAUAUUAAUCUUGAAGGAACGUUUCAUCCGUGCUCGAGCUGCGUGGUGUGCUCAUCAGUACAGCGAGUGUCCAUUCAAAGAUACCAGAAUCCUCAGCCGAGUAUAAAUUCUACUUUUUGAAGUGUUUGAAUCCGAAAAGUUCAGAUCGCGACCAGAUGUCUGCAGUUAUUCCAUGACCAAAACGAAGAGCUGCCUGUGCGCGUAGAAGCUGGCCUUGCUAUCAAGUUCCUCAUAGAAGAGCAAAAAAAUGGUGAAUACAACGUCAUCUUUAUUCUUAUCAUUUCUGAAAUUGCAGAAGUUGUUGCUGAGCUCGUGCGUCCUCACAUAGGAGAGAUUCUGACACGAAUUCUCGAAAUCGUCUCAAGAACUCAAAUUGAAGAAAUGGUCGACGUUCUUGACUGUUUUGUUGAGAAGUUCUUGGACGACAUUAUUCCUGUCGCAGAAAAUCUUGCUGAGACUAUCGUAAGACUUUGAAAAAAUCCUAAAUUGAUGAAAACAUCUAGGCAAGCAUGUACGUGGAUAUUUUGCGAGGGGAAAACGCCGAGGACCGAACUGAGGCUCUCAUGCGAGUCACCUACGUCUUGUCCAACCUGCUCGAUGUUAGUUCAGCAAGUGAUAAAGUGGUAAUAAGCCUAGUUUCCAGGCCCUGGAGGAGCACGAAGAACUUUUGCGAAAACUGGAGCCACAUGUUCUUCGCAUCAUUCACGAGAUCUUGACUCUGGGAAACAUUGGUAAAAAAAACUUGAGCGGAAAGUCUUAUCACUGAAUUUUUUGCAGACUUUUACGAAGAUGUUCUUCUUCUUUUGCGUUCGAUCUGCAGCGUCUAUAUCUCUGUCCCAAUGUGGGGAGCUUAUGAGGCUCUUUGUGAUUCAUUGAUGAACGCGCCAUCGCUUAUUCACCAACUGCCUGGUAAAAAAAUACUCAAAAAACCUUCAUAAAAUCCAUUUUAAGAUUUCACGUCAGUUUUCCAUCUUUUCGUAACAAAAGACAACGAAAGUUUCCUGGCUCGACCGGAAAGAGUCAUGGCUCUCAUUCACUUGGCCAAUCGCGUUUUCCGGGUGAGAUCAUUUUUACAGAACUUACAAAUAGCUUGCUAUAUUCAGGACAUAUCGCAAAUUGAGGACAACUACAUUCACGCCGGCAAAAUUCUCGAAAUCGUUAUUCUUGUUUCUGGCGACCACAUCAAAGACGUCAGUUGCAAGUAAAAGUAGUAGUUCUAUAAUCUUCAUUUCAGUAUAUCCCUCACAUAAUUGAAGCCGUGAUGUGUCGAUUCGACAACACUUUCGGGAAACAGAGUACUGUUCAGAGUCAAAUGAUCUUGGUAUCUUGAAGGCUCUACUUCACCAUCGUGUAUCCGUAUUGCAGAUCCUGACCGCACUGCUCCAUGUGGACAAGUUCACCCUCUUCCAAGUUCUUUGUUCCAUGGACCUCAACCAUCUCACUCCUCCAGAUUUCCUUUUGCGACAUUUGAUCUACCAUAAGUUCAACGGAAUUCACAACAGGUCUUUGGAAAUCAGGAACGACAUUAAUUGAUUUUCAAUGUAUUUCAGGAAACUUGCGAUUGUAGGUAUUCUUACCAUUAUGGAUCUGCCUAUUGAGUACCGACCAGAAACGUUGACUCUUCAUCCUGGAGCGGUAAAAUAUUGAAAUUUUCUGAAUGAAAAAAGAUUCGCAGAUUAUGGACAAAUGUCUUGAUCUGUUCCAAGGAAUGCAGAAAGCUAUCAAAAAGAAAAAUGAAGCUGAAGAGGAAGGUUUUUGAAAAUUAUAUUUUCUUUAGAAAGUUGAAAAAUACAGAAAGCGAAGAAGAGGAGGAAGACGACGAUGACGACGACGGUCCUGCCAGAAACGGAAAAAGAGUCGUCGACAAUUGCCUUUCAGAUGACGACGAUGAAAUCGACAUUGUAUUCGAAGCAUUUUGUACUGUUUUCAUCCUUCUAUUCAGGACCAUCUGGAAAGCAUGCAAAUGCUGCAAAAAAGCGACGAGAAGCUUGAGGAUAUUGAAAGUGACGAUGACGACGAUGACAAUUAUUCUGAAGUAAAAAAAGUUUUGCGCAAAAAAAAAAAACAACUUGUUUUCAAGAUUGACGAUCUCGAAUUCACAACGCCAAUCGAUGGGCCCAAUUCAAUUGACGUUUUUGUUGGGUUCCGCAAUUCGAUGAUAAGUUGGUGUUCUUUUUGAACUCAGAAAGAAACAAAAGUCUGCAGAAAUCGAGAAGUCGGAUUACUCUCUCUACUCGAAAAUGCUUGAAGACAUGAACAAAGAUAAUACUGCGUACCUUCCUCAAUUGGCAGCGGUUGGCUGAUUUUUGCUAUAAAUAUGAAAAAAGCUAUUUCCAGAUUUGCGAGCAACACGUUCGCGCCAAGGAGUCGAGAGAAGUUGGUCAGGCGGGAGGAUAUAACUUCUCCAACCUCGACGUCCCCACCUCUUUCAACUUCGGUGGAUAA